AUGUCCGAAGUAAGCCUAAAGCUCGGUGAUUCAUUGCCAGAGGGCAUUAAAUUCGGCUGGAUCGCACCCACGCCCGAGAAUGAAGAUAUCAAAGCAUGCGGCAUGCCAAUUACCUACCACGCAUCCAAAGAAUGGGCCAACAAGAAAGUCGUCAUCUUUUCCCUUCCCGGUGCCUUCACCCCCACGUGCAGUGUAUCGCAUCUACCAGGCUACAUAACCAAUCUCCCUGCUCUGCGCGCGAAGGGUGUUGAUAUCGUUGCUACUAUUGCUUAUAAUGAUCCUUUCGUCAUGAGUGCAUGGGGAAAAGCUAAUGGGAUUCAUAAUGAAGAUAUUCUAUUCCUCUCCGACAACGAAUGCGCUUUCUCUAAACUGCUCGGAUGGACCGCGGGCGAACGUACUGGUCGCUAUGCGUUGAUUAUUGAUAAUGGGAAGAUUGUGUAUGCGGAGAAGGAGCCGGGAAGAGAAGUGACGGUUUCUGGGGCCGAGGCGGUUUUGAACAAGUUGUAG